AUGGGCCCCCUAUUGUGCACCCUCUUAGUCUACCAUCUCAACAAGCAAUGCCGCAGAGUUGCCAAUGUAUUGUUGGGUCACUUCUAUGAGCCACACAGAGACAUAGUCUGUGUCACUGGUGGAUCAUCUGGGUUAGGAAAAGAAAUCGCUAGAGUUUUUUCAGAAUCAGGAGCUGUAACUGUUGUCCUUGAUAUCACCAUUCCUCCAGUCUCUGAUCAACUUCCAAACGUCAAGUACUACCUCUGCGACGUCAGUAACUGCAAUCAAAUUAUUGAAAUCGGUGAGGUUAUCACAAGGGAAGUAGGAAUUGUAUCUAUCCUCGUUAACAAUGCUGGAAUAUCACACGGCAAAUCAUUAUUAGAUUUAAAUUAUGAUGAGAUUGAGAAGACAAUUAGGGUCAAUUUACUCUCAAGUUUCUAUACAAUUAAAGUAUUUCUUCCAAAUAUGUUGAAGCAAAAAAGAGGGUAUAUUGUUACAGUUGCUUCUGUCUUGGGCUACAUGUCUCCUGCAAGGUUAAGUGAUUAUGGAGCUUCUAAAUCUGGACUUAUCGCCUUACAUGAGUCUUUGACCUAUGAAUUGGGUCCGCCAUCGCUAAGUCCCAAUGGAAUUAAGACCUUGUUAAUUUGUCCUGGUCAAUUGAAAACUAAUAUGUUCAGCAGUAUUCAAUCCCCUUCAUCACUUUUUGCUCCCGAGUUGGAACCCAGCUUUGUAGCAAAGAAGUUGAUAAAUGCUUUGGAAUUAGGCAGAAGAGGUGAGAUUAAGAUUCCAUUUUAUGGGAACUUCAUGCCAGUGAUGAGGGCAAUUCCGUGGCCGGCGGUCGAAUUUUUAAGAGAUAUUUCUGGAAUGGAUGAAAGCAUGAAAAAGUUCAAACUGUAUACUAGCAAGCUCAGUGGGAUAUCUGAUCAAGGUUCUAAAAACCAAUCAGAAGCGAACUCCAUCACAGAAAGUACGCAAUAG